CGCACUCUUUAUAAGUUUAUAUUUGUUGUUCAGUCUCCUUCAUCUAACACUUUAAACUAAAACUUACACACACAAAAUAAAAAAGAAUGGAAGGAGGAAUACAUGGAGGAGCAGAUAAAUCAGCUUUCAGAGAAUGUUUUUCUCUAACAUGGAAGAACCCUUAUGUUCUUCGUCUUGCUUUCUCCGCAGGAAUCGGUGGUCUUCUCUUUGGCUACGAUACCGGAGUUAUAUCAGGAGCUCUGCUUUAUAUCAAAGAAGAUUUCAAGACUGUUGACCGAGAAACUUGGUUACAGGAAAUGAUAGUGAGCAUGGCGGUUGCUGGAGCCAUCGUUGGAGCCGCCAUCGGAGGUUGGGCCAAUGACAAAUUCGGGAGGAGAAGCGCCAUUCUCAUGGCGGAUUUCCUCUUCCUAAUAGGAGCUAUCGUUAUGGCUGUUGCUCCUAACCCGUCCCUCAUUGUCGUUGGUCGUGUUUUUGUGGGCCUUGGGGUCGGUAUGGCCUCGAUGACUGCCCCGCUCUACAUCUCAGAAGCAUCUCCAGCUAAGAUCAGAGGAGCUUUGGUCAGUACCAAUGGGUUUCUCAUCACCGGAGGACAAUUCGUGUCUUACCUCAUUAACUUAGCCUUCACCGAUGUGAAGGGAACAUGGAGGUGGAUGCUUGGAAUCGCGGGAGUUCCAGCUCUUUUGCAGUUCAUCUUAAUGUUUACACUCCCUGAAUCGCCUCGCUGGUUAUACCGCAAGGGAAGAGAAGAAGAGGCUAAAGCAAUCAUGAGAAGAAUAUACUCAGCAGAAGAUGUAGAACACGAGAUUAGAGCACUAAAAGAUUCAGUUGAAUCAGAGAUACUAGAAGAAGGAUCUUCAGAGAAAAUCAACAUGAUCAAACUAUGCAAAACCAAAACGGUUAGACGAGGACUAAUAGCUGGUGUUGGUCUCCAAGUGUUUCAACAGUUCGUUGGUAUCAACACUGUUAUGUAUUAUAGUCCAACCAUUUUCCAGCUGGCCGGUUUUGCCUCAAACAGAACAGCUAUUCUCUUGUCUCUAGUUACUGCAGGACUUAACGCAUUUGGUUCCAUCAUUAGCAUUUACCUCAUCGAUAGAGCCGGAAGGAAAAAGCUUUUGAUCAUUAGUCUUUUAGGAGUCAUUGUCUCUCUUGGAUUACUAACUGGUGUUUUCUAUGAAGUGACUACUCAUGCUCCUGCGGUUAGCUUCCUCGAGACACAAAGGUUCAAUAACGUUACUUGUCCGGAUUACAACUCAUCUUUGAAAGCACAAACUUGGGAUUGUAUGACUUGUUUGAAAGCUUCUUCUCCUUCUUGUGGGUUUUGUUCAUCUCCCAGUGGAAAGGAACAUCCUGGGGCUUGUUGGGUCUCUAAUGAUUCUGUUAAGGACUUAUGUCAUAAUGAAAACCGUCUUUGGUACACAAGAGGAUGUCCUAGUAAUUUUGGUUGGUUUGCUCUUCUUGGAUUGGGACUUUAUAUCAUUUUCUUCUCUCCGGGGAUGGGGACUGUUCCAUGGAUAGUUAACUCAGAGAUUUAUCCAUUGAGAUUCAGAGGAAUCUGUGGAGGAAUAGCUGCAACUGCAAAUUGGAUAUCGAAUUUAAUCGUGGCUCAAUCGUUUCUUUCCCUGACUGAAGCUAUUGGGACUUCUUGGACUUUUCUCAUGUUUGGAGUGAUCUCAGUCAUUGCUCUUCUCUUUGUUGUGGUGUGUGUUCCGGAGACAAAAGGAAUGCCAAUGGAGGAGAUUGAGAAGAUGCUUGAGGGAAGAUCUCUUCAUUUCAAGUUCUGGAAGAAAAGAUCACAGCCCGUUGAGAAAGGAAACCAAACUGCAUAAGAGAACUCUUUACAUAUUUCAUUAGUAAUAUAAAUAGGAAAUCACAUUAGACUUGUAACUUUGUAUUUGAAACUUGAUAGUGACAGUUACGUGAUCC